GUUCAACAAUUUCUUGAUAUUUCUCAUUUUCUAAUUUUAAUUUUUGAAAUAAAUUUUCAAUUACUUCUGAAUCCAUUUUACAAUUAAAAAAAAGUUUUAAUGGUUUAAUACUUACAAAACAGGUGUAAACAAAAUUUGGUGGCGCGAAAUCUCACAUAACCUCAAAAUAUAAAACAGUCCUAAAGAAUUUGCAAAACGAAAAUGGAAAAUGAUUCUGAUGACGAUUAUAUGUCCGAAGCUAUUUUAGCCACUUGCUCACAUGAAGAUAUCAGGCCCGGAUUAAUUAGGAAUCGAGCUAAACAAAGAGAAAUUGAAAUUGAGAAAAAGAAGGCAGAAUCGCGUGAGAAAAAUAAAAAUCUUUAUAAACCAUUAAAAGUUGUCGAAUCAGAACGUCGUGAUGAAGGUCUUAAAACAUGUAUUGAUGAGAAAAAUAAAGGAUUUUCAAUGUUACAAAAAAUGGGAUAUAAAAGUGGUGAAGCGUUAGGCAAAACAGGCUCCGGUCGAAUUGAACCAAUUAAUAUUGAACUGAAGGUAGAUCGUACGGGUCUAGGCCGUGAGUCUGUUUUAAAGGAGAUUGCUGAACGAAAAUUAGCUGCACGAAAACGUUAUUUGGAACAUUUAAAAGCAACAACAAAUGUAGAUGAUUUUCGAAAACGGAUGACUCAAAAGACACAAGAACGGCAGGAUGAAAAAGAUUUAAGAAAAAGUCAGCGUGUUUGUCUUGAUCUAGAUACUAAAAUGAAUAUAGAAGAGCCCAUUGAAAAAUGGUUUUGGCCUGAACAAGAAAAGAGUAAAACCGAGGAAGAUGAAGAAAAUGAGGACGAAGAAGAUGAAGCUGAAGAUGACGAGGAAUAUACUUUUUCGACGCAAGAAAAAUUGGAAAUACUAACUAAAUAUUUACGGGAAACUCAUUUGUAUUGUAUAUGGUGUGGAUCUGUGUUCGAUGAUGAAAAAGAUUUAUGUGAUAAUUGUCCAGGAGUAACUAGAGAUGAUCAUUAGAAUAAUUCCUUAUUUAUUUAACCCCUAUGAUUACAUGAUCGCUGUAUA